GUGUGUAAUUAUUUGUAAACUUUUCGUGUUUCAUCUUCGUCGCACUCCAGCACAGUAGGUGGCGGUAUGCACCAUUUCAGUUGGUUUGCAACCCGCAAACAGAAGAAGAAGAAGUCAGAAGAGCGGAGAGAGUCAGAAGGACAAACUCCAGGUGUAGCAGCUGAAAUCUGUGUGCCUGUUAAAGAUGGAGUUUAUUAAAGAGGAGGAAGAUGUGAGUGAUCCAGAACCAUCCAGAAUAAAAGAUGAAGAAACUGAGGAACAAAUAGACCAGGUGGAAGUGAAACAGCAAAGAGAAGAACUAAAUGAAGUGGAGGAGGAACAUCAUAACUUUAAAACCCAAAGAACAAACACCAAAACACUGCACACCUGCCCUCAGUGUGGAAAGAGUUUCACGGAAAAAGCAAACCUUAAAACACACUUAAGAAUUCACACUGGAGAGAAACCGUAUACAUGCACUCAGUGUGGAAAGAGUUUCCAAUAUAUAGGAACUCUUAAAACACACUUAAGAAUUCACACUGGAGAGAAUCUGUAUACAUGCACUCAGUGUGGGAAGUGUUUCACAAAUAAAGUACACCUUAAAGCGCACUUGAAGUUUCACACUGGAGAGAAUCUGUAUACAUGCACUCAGUGUGGGAAUAGUUUCAGAACAAAAGAAUACCUUAGAAAACACUUAAGAAUUCACACUGGAGGAAAUCGUUAUACAUGCAUUCAGUGUGGGAAUAGUUUCACACAAAAAGGACACCUUAAAACACACUUAAGAAUUCACACUGGAGAAAAACCGUUUACAUGCACUCAGUGUGGGAAGAGUUUCCGAUAUAAACGAACCCUUAAAGCACACUUAAUAAUUCACACUGAAAAGAAACCGUAUACAUGCACACAGUGUGGAAAGAGUUUCCGAUAUGAAAGAAACCUUAAAACACACUUAAGAUUUCACAAAGGAGACAAACCUUAUACAUGCACUCAGUGUGGGAAGAGUUACACAGUAAAAGGAACCCUUACAACACACUUAAGAAUUCACAAUGGAGACAAACCAUAUAAUUGUGAUCAUUGUGGAAAAAAGUUUAUUUCUUCGUCACAUCUAAAUCAACACUUGAGGGUUCAUUCAGAUGAGAGGCCUUAUGUGUGUUCUCUCUGUGGAAAGAGUUUUUCAUGGCGGACAACUUUUAAACUGCACCAAAAAACACACAAUGAAGUCAGAGAUUAUAUGUGCUUUGACUGUGGCAAGAGCUUUACUACAGCUGAGCAUCUGAAACAGCACCAAAUAAUUCAUACUGGAGAAAAACCUUACAAGUGCUCAUAUUGUGACAAGAGUUUCACUCAGCCUGGAAACCUGAAAUCACACGAGCGAGUUCAUACUGGAGAGAUGCCGUACCACUGUACUCGGUGUGAGAAGAGUUUCAAAUAUUUGACUGAUCUUAAUUAUCAUCUGCGCACUCACUCUGGAGAAAAACCAUUCGAGUGUGAUCAGUGUGGAAAAAGGUUCAAAUCACCGUCACAUCUAAAAGAUCACCUGAAAGUUCAUUCAGAUGAGAGGCCUUAUGUGUGUUCUCUCUGUGGAAAGAGUUUUUCGUGGCUGCAGAGUUUUAAACAGCACCAGAAAACACAUAAUGAAGUGAAAGAUCAUGUGUGUUUGGAGUGUGGGAAGAGCUUUAGUAGACCUAACUGUCUGAAACAGCACCAAAGAAUUCAUACUGGAGAAAGACCUUACAAGUGCUCAUAUUGUGAAAAGAGUUUUGCUCAGUCUGGGACUCUGAAAAAACAUGAGCGAGUUCAUACUGGAGAGAAGCCGUACCACUGUGCUCUGUGUGGAGAGAGUUUCACCCAAUCCAAUAAUCUAAGGACUCAUAUUAAGAAGCAUUGUUCUGUGUCACAGAUCCAAAACUUUGAGGUAAAUCUUGUGAGAAUCACAUAAAGAAAAUGUGUAGUUAGUUAAUAAACUAGUGUUGCUGUGAAAUGCCACAAGAUUUGUGCUUAAUAUGUUGGAGAACAAGAAAAUUUAUUCUUGAGUUAUUCUUUGAAUGUUUACUUUAAGAAAUACUAACAUUAAAAUGACUGGAAACAAAUGUAAGAAAAACAACAAUCAGUUAUUAGGCUACAUAUGAAACAAUUUCCUCAAUUGUUCCUCAAAGCCUUUAGAUUUAAUAUGGAGUUGUUGUUGUUUUUUUUAUUUUUAACUUUUGUUUAGUUACUUAACCUGUUAUUUCAUAAACAGUUUUAUUGAAAAGUCUACACAUUUCUCUGCAACAUAAAAGUUGUCUAUAAGCUCUGUACAAUAACAACAAAUAAAAUUUCCAUUUUCACUGACAAUGUGAUUUAGUGAGCAAAAGUUAUCUACAGAUAAAUUGUAAGAUUCAGAAAGCAAAUGUAUUGUGAAAUAAACUUGUUUUCUGUGACAUUC